AUGUCCCAGGAGCCCGGUUCCUCAAACCUCCCCCUUAUAAACCGACCAUUCAAACCGGAUGAUGAUGUGCACUCAAAAGACGUCGCCAUCACCUCAGAUGACAUGUCUUUCACCAACGAGAAUCCUUUGUCCACCCGUCUCCGCCGCCAGAACACUGAUAUUUGCAUCGCAGAAGCCGCGUCCGGCUUGCGCCCAUCGUAUACAGAUGACCUAGAGUCUAUCGCCAUCACCUCCGAUGACAUGUCCAUCCACAAUGAGUACCCAUUGGCAUCCCGCACUCGACGUCAGAACAAAGCCGUUCCGAUAGCACAAGCUGCUGCGGUCUUACGUCCUUCGAGGGCUGAAGAGCUGGAUGAGUCGGUAGCUGUGACGUCGGAUGAGGAAAUGUCGAUGACAGGACAUCCGCAUUCGUUGUCGAAUCGGCUCCGAAGACACGAUGAGCAUCACCCCGUUGCUCCGGCUGCAGACCUGUUACCUGAUCCACCAAGAGGAAGAAGACUGUUACGUGGACGUUCUCGCCGAGUGUCGCCGCACUCUCCAGUCCAUCCGUCCCUUCCAAGUCCACCAUGCCGUCCUGUUUUAGCCUUGCGUCCUGGCCUACCUUCACACCACGGCCCUGCUUUGAUCCCAGGCCCUGCUGCACGCGGAGGCCCUGCCCGAGGUUCAGGUCCCGCCUCACGCUAUGUUACAAUCCCAACUGCUAGUACAAAUAUAAUGGACGUUUCCCCCGUGGAUUAUGGAUAUGGCUAUGGUGGACAUGAACCAGGCAACUUCUUCCUCACGCAGGAUGUAGACGAAUCAGAGCCAGAUGCCGAUCCAUCGAUGCCCAGGCGCCAACGCUUUAUGUAUUUCAACACGUUUGCCAGGCAGGGGGAUGUGGAUAUCGUGACUCGGCAGAAUGCGAUGUUGGCGGGAUGGGAACAGUCCCUCGAGUUGUUUCCUGGCGUGGAGACCGAUGAAGGUUCUGGUUCUGAUGGCCAUGGUGAACUUGAGACAACCGAGCCAAUGGACGAGGAUGAAACAGAGGUUUGA